AUGCGCAGCGUUUCCAGGAAAUGCAUUACUCAUGAUCUUGCCACUGCUUUCAACAACAGGGGACAAAUCAAGUACCUGCGAGUUGACUUCUAUGAAGCAAUGGAGGACUAUACAUCAGCCAUACAAACCCAGCCUGAUUUUGAAGUCCCAUAUUAUAACAGAGGAUUAAUACUGUAUAGGCUAGGUUACUAUGACGAGGCUUUAAAAGAUUUCAAGAAAGUUCUAGCAUUAAACCCUGAAUUUGAAGAUGCUUCCUUAAGUCUAAAACAGACUAUUCUUGAUAAAGAAGAAAAACAAAGAAGGGCCUCUUAAAAAUCCUACAAGAUCCAUACAAAUGCUUUCUUGAACACUCAAUUAUCUUGAGAUUUUAGUCUUUGAAUAAAACACAAGAUUGUUUACAUUUAAUUUAUCUUGCUCUAGAGAAAAGAAACUUUUUGGUUUAGAUAAAUAAUCAAAGUAGGUAUGUACAAUAAUUGCCAAGUAAACUAUAGAUUUUCUUUUAUAGUUCUGAAAUUGCAAUGUUGGACAAAAGCACAGUGUCAAACCUGUCUAUGAUGCUGGUCAUUCUGUGUUGAAAUAUUUAUAAUAUAUACAAAGAUGGUGGACAAUUCAGAAAUUAUUACUUAAGUCUGUUAAAAAUGUUUACAUGUACUCUUGCACAGAUUUAUUUAAUAAGUCUUCAGUGAAGGAAAUGGACAAAUUAUAGCAAGUUUCAAUACUUGAAGCUUUUUAGUAGAAAUAAUCUGUUUAACAUUAUUAAAACUGUUUUACAGUAUGUUAGUAGGCUGGAAUAUAACAUCUGCCAAUUGAUUUCCAGUAUGGCCAUCACAAAGGCAACGGACUAUUGAGUAAAGGAUACUAAAUGGAUAUAUUGUUUUGAUUUCUGUAUCAUGCCGGAAAGCACAAGGACUGUAAUUGUUUGAGUUGUUCAUAGGCAAAUAUCUUUUGGCUUGUUUUCUGUUUUUGGAAAAAAAAAAUUAUUACAUUAAAUCUAGUGUGAUCUAACUAGCCACAAGGGUAAAGGCACAAUGGUGCAUCUUUUAUUUCAGACUGGACUACAGAAGCAGCAGCAACUCAAGUCACAAGCAUAGGAUCUGUUAUGAGAUUGUGUUGUGCACAGCAAUAAAGUUCCAGUUUAAAAAAAGGUUUUGAUUGCAAGUAUGGUAUCAAUUUGAAAUGUAUCCUAAAUAAAUAAGAUCACUUUAAUGUUCCUUUUAUACUCUGUAUUGCUUCAUGGAAGAUGUCACAGCUCCUUACAAAUGCAAAGUCACAUCCUGUUGACGCUCAGAAAUCAUUCCAAUGAAGUUUCAUACCAUACUCAAUCAGCAGAGAGUGAAGUUUAGCCCUUAAGUUGAUUUAUGUUCUGGCUACCAUCCUUACUACUUUUGUUAUACAAACUGCUUCCAGCUCUGGGCUGAACCAUUAAAGCAGUUUCAGUGAGCACAAUACCCUGUAGACACAAUUUUGUACAACCUAUAGUGCUUCAUGGACAAUGGUUAUAGCCUUCUGACACCCCUGUUAGGUUUUGUGACAUUGUUUCCCCUUUUUUUAAAGGUGGAGAAGCAGACCUACUGUGCCAGUAGGA